CCUACCAGCUAACAUCAUGCCAGCACCCUCGAGUCCACCUCGUUUCUGCAGGGUCCCACUUCCCCUCAUUACGCGAUGAUGUCGAUGCUGCGAGGAUCAGACUCGUGGCUCGGCUAGGAUGUCAACAGGCCCGGUCAUUAUUCAGCAUGGGAGGGGCGUUGAAGCCUGGAACGAGGGAAAUAAAAGGUUCAUUCCCCCAAGCUCCUGGCGAGGGGUUUCCGUGAGCUCUUGCGGAAUCAUACCAUCCGGUGCCAUCAACCCAUUGGCGUUUGUCGAAACCCAGGGAUUGUUGCAACAUGAAGUUCUUGUCCGCUUGUGCGGUGGCCUUGCUGGCUGCCCAGGUAUCCGGAGCUGCCAUCAAGCAUCGCCUCAAUGGCUUUACCCUGACGGAGCAUCCAGAUCCUGCCAAGCGGGAGCUGUUGCAGAAAUAUGUCACCUGGGAUGAUAAAUCUCUCUUCAUCAAUGGCGAGAGAAUCAUGAUCUUUAGCGGCGAAUUCCAUCCAUUCCGACUACCCGUGACAGAGCUUCAGCUUGAUGUUUUCCAGAAAGUCAAAGCUCUCGGAUUCAACUGCGUCUCGUUCUAUGUCGACUGGGCACUCGUCGAAGGAAAGCCCGGAGAGUACCGGGCUGACGGCAUCUUCGACUUGGAGCCAUUCUUCGAGGCGGCUAAGGAAGCAGGCAUCUAUCUACUGGCCCGCCCAGGCCCCUACAUCAAUGCGGAAAGUUCAGGUGGUGGGUUCCCGGGCUGGUUGCAGAGGGUGAAUGGCACUCUUCGCACAAGUGCCAAGGCAUACUUGGAUGCUACUGAUAACUAUGCUGCUCAUGUUGGUGCAACAAUUGCCAAAUAUCAGAUCACCAACGGCGGCCCAAUCAUCCUUUACCAGCCUGAGAAUGAGUACACUGGUAGCUGCUGCGGGGUUGAAUUCCCCGACCCGGCUUAUAUGCAGUACGUGGAGGACCAGGCUCGCAAUGCCGGUGUCGUGAUCCCAUUCAUCAACAACGAUGCCUCGGCGGAAGGACACAAUGCCCCUGGGACUGGAGAAGGCGCGGUUGAUAUCUACGGCCAUGAUAGCUACCCGCUUGGGUUCGACUGCGCGAAUCCGACGGUAUGGCCCGAGGGUGACUUGCCCACGAAUUUCCGUACCCUUCAUCUUGAGCAGAGCCCGACGACGCCGUACUCCAUUGUCGAGUUCCAAGGUGGAUCAUACGACCCAUGGGGAGGCCCCGGCUUCGCUCAAUGCGCUGAUCUCCUGAACAAUGAGUUUGAAAGGGUGUUUUACAAGAACAACUUUGGCUUUCAAAUCGCCAUCAUGAACCUGUACAUGAUCUUCGGUGGCACUAACUGGGGUAACCUCGGAUAUCCCAAUGGAUACACCUCCUAUGACUAUGGAUCGGCCCUGACAGAAUCCCGCAACAUCACCCGUGCCAAAUACAGCGAACUUAAGCUUAUUGGCAACUUCGCCAAAGUAUCCCCAUCCUACCUGACGGCUAGCCCUGACAGUCUGACAACAUCGGGCUACGCUGAUACUGCGGAAUUGAGCGUGACUCCUCUGAUUGGCAAUGGCACUGGCUCGUAUUUCGUAAUCAGGCAUUCGGACUACAGUAGCGAGGCGUCCACCUCGUACAAACUCAGUCUUCCCACCAGUGCUGGUAACCUGACUAUUCCUCAGCUUGGCGGUACGUUGACACUCAAUGGGCGCGAUUCGAAGAUACACGUGGCCGACUACAAUGUUUCGGGAACAAAGAUCAUCUACUCCACGGCUGAGGUUUUCACCUGGAAGAAGUUUGCCGACGGCAAGGUUCUAGUCCUCUAUGGCGGUGCUGGUGAGCACCACGAACUUGCUAUUGCUACCAAGUCAAAUGCCACGCUCGUCGAAGGCUCAAGCUCUGAAUUCUCUUCGAAGCAAACCGCCACAUCGGUUGUGGUAGGCUGGGAUGUGUCCACCACUCGUCGCAUCAUCAAGGUUGGCGACUUGAAAGUACUUCUCAUUGACAGGGACUCUGCUUACAAUUACUGGGUGCCUCAACUUGCUACGGACGGCACUUCACCUGGCUUCAGCACGCCAGAAACGGUCGCCUCGUCCAUCAUUGUCAACGCAGGCUACCUCGUCCGUACUGCUUACGUGAAGGGCACUGGCCUUUACUUGACCGCAGACUUCAACGCUACCACUUCGGUUGAAGUUAUUGGCGCUCCGACUACGGCUAAGGAUCUGUUCAUCAAUGGGGACAAGACGACACAUACCGUUGACAGCAAUGGGAUCUGGUCGGCUAAGGUCGAAUACAAUGCCCCUGAUCUCUCACUGCCUAGCCUGAAAGACUUGGAUUGGAAGUACUUGGACACUCUGCCUGAAAUCCAGUCCUCGUACGACGAUUCUCUCUGGCCCGCCGCGAACCUUACGGAGACCAAGAACACCCUCCGUGCGCUGGACACUCCUACGUCUCUGUACUCGUCCGACUAUGGAUUCCACACCGGCUACUUGCUCUACCGCGGACAUUUUGUCGCCACGGGUAACGAAAGCACCUUCUUCGUUGACCCGCAAGGCGGGUCGGCAUUUGGAAGCUCUGUCUGGCUGAACGGAACAUACCUCGGAUCGUGGACCGGUCUGUAUGCCAACUCCGACUACAACGCCACCUUCACGCUGCCCAAGCUCCAGGCUGGCCAUACCUACGUGAUCACCGUUCUGAUCGACAACAUGGGCCUCGAGGAGAACUGGACUGUCGGAGAGGAUUUGAUGAAGACCCCUCGUGGUAUCUUGAAUUACAAGCUUGCUGGACGGCCGCUCAGUGCGAUCAGCUGGAAGCUUACCGGCAACCUUGGAGGUGAAGACUAUGAAGACAAGGUGCGCGGUCCCCUGAACGAGGGUGGUCUCUAUGCCGAACGCCAAGGCUUCCACCAGCCCGAACCUCCCAGCCAGAAGUGGAAGUCGUCUAGUCCUCUUGAUGGUAUUUCCGAGGCAGGUGUAGGCUUCUACAGCGCCAAGUUCGACCUUGAUCUGCCGAAGGGAUGGGAUGUGCCUCUGUAUUUCAACCUCGGAAACAGCACCACGCCGUCUCCGUACCGCGUGCAGCUGUACGUAAACGGAUACCAAUACGCCAAGUACGUGAGCAACAUCGGACCUCAGACCAGCUUCCCCGUUCCUGAGGGAAUCCUGAACUACCACGGAACGAACUGGGUUGCGGUGACCCUGUGGGCUCUUGACUCGGCGGGAGGCAAGCUGGAGAGCUUCGAGCUGAGCUACACCACCCCGGUGCUAACAGCUCUGGGAGAGGUGAAGUCGGUUGACCAGCCCAAGUGGAAGGUCCGAAAGGGGGCAUACUAGUAUAUCUACUAAUAGCUACUGUCCAAUGGAAUUU